AUAUUUUAAAUUAAAAAAUAUAUAUAUACAUAUAUAUUUAAUUGAAUCAUAUCUAAUGAGUGUGGCAUUGGCUUUGAUGUAUUUGAUUUUCAGUUGUGUUUCCGCAAAUAUUAAUUCGAUCGGUAUUUGUUGCAGUCCCGAAUCGAAACUCGAUUCAGAGUUGCUUAAAUGCAUUCCGGCUACGAAUAUUCAAAAUGCAACAGAUAAUUACGAUGUGCAACUCGAUCAAAUUGAUAGUCCCUUGGGCUAUGACCUUGCCAGGCAUAAUGAAACAAUUACAGACUGUGCAACUACUCGACUCUCAAAUGUUUCACUCGCUAGCGAAACUUCAGUGGAGAUUUCCGCGAAAUCGUGUCUGCUUACGCUCAACAACCGUCUCAUUAUAUUAACGUGUAAACCUGAAGCAAAUGAUGUUACGACCACAGUUCCCACCUCGAGAAUUGGUUUCGUCAACAAGUGCUGUCCACACAGUUACAUCUACAGUUCAGAGUUCAACAGGUGUGUGCCGGGUACACCAGACUUUGAUGUGUACUCUUCUAUCGUGGAUCGGCCAAUGAUAUUUGUUGACAAUCCUCUGCUUUGUGCCAAUAAUAAAGUUCUAGUUGAAUACACCGUGACCGCGGAAGUCGUGCGUGUUGCCGAAGAAAGUAAGCUUGUUUGGCAAGAUGGCAGUCGCCAAUUGAAACGAAGUCAAUUUUGCAUUGAAGCAAUCGAUGGAAAGAAGACGCCUCGUAAUAUUCGAUCGAUAAAAAGGAAUCAACAAUUUCUAAUACGCACUUGUCAACAGUCGAAAAUUUGCGAUUCGCUACCAUGUGUUCGCAGAUGUUGUGCUGAUGGCGAAAUCUAUUAUAAAAAAAAUAUGACGACGCUGUGUAAACGAGAUCCAAAUGAUAUUCUAUUCGAAAGUUUUGCGAGCCUAAAGAUUAGCGGCAAUUUUACGAAACCGGCUGUAUUUGGGUUAUUGCACGGCAUGGAAUGCCCAAAGUUUCGGCUGGAUCCAGACUCAUUUUCCGACGAGGAACAUACAAUAAGCUCAACUAAUGGAUCUCUCUUUAUAACUAGUACUAGCAAAAAAUAUGCAAACAGUCAGUAUUGUAUUGAAAAAAUUAAAAACUCGUCUAUGGCUGAUGAUAAGCUCUACACAUUUGUAUGCUUCGAUUCGAAAGUUGUGGGCAAUGAUCGCAUUCGAUUUAAAAUGUAUCCAAUUGGUCUACUAAUUUCCUGCUGCUUCUAUGCAAUGACCCUUGCAGUAUAUAUUUCUAUCGAGAAAUUGCGCAAUCUUCCAGGCAAAAUAUUAAUUUGCUUGGUAAGUAGUCUGCUGCUGGCCUAUCUAGGAAUUGCUUUGGGUCAAUUAAUGCCGACGUCCAAUAAUAAAGUGUGCGUCAUUUCAGGAUUUCUUGUAUAUUUCUUUUUAAUGUCUGCAUUUUCUUGGAUGAAUAUUACAUGUUUUGAUAUUUGGAAGACAUUUGGAUCAACGAAAUCAAAGAAUGUUCAAAGACGAGAGCAACGAAACCGAUUUAUAUGGUACUCAGUUUAUGGUUGGGGACUUGCGAUCGUCUUAACGAUUAUAACGGCAACAUUAAGUACAUCUGAUGUGCUAUCGGAAAAUAUUCGACCCAACUUUGGUAAUGGUCGGUGUUGGUUCACAUAUGAUACUAUUGGAUAUGCGAGCCUAAUAUUUUUUUCUGGACCCCUUGGCAUAUUACUCAUCAUAAAUCUUGUUCUAUUUUUGCUAACACUAAAGUAUUGCAAUCGCGUCAAAAGGGAGAUAUUUCGUAUGCAGAGUUCAAACGCUGAAAAACCUGCUUUGCGCAAUCGAUUUUUCGUGGAUAAAACCAGAUUUAUAAUGAAUACUAAGCUAUGCUUUGUAAUGGGAAUUACUUGGCUAUUAGAAAUUGCGAGCAUCUUGUUAUAUGAUCACAAGAAGAAUUUUUUCUGGUCAAUAAGUGAUUCAUUCAAUGUCCUUCUAGGAGUUUUCGUAUUCUUCAUAUUUGUGUUCAAAAGACGAGUGUGGAAUGAAAUAAUGAUGAAACUAGGCUUCAAGACGAGAAGCGAUCCUCGAAGAACCGGAAAUACAACUUGCCUAACUCAAUCGACUUACUCGGCACCGAGUGUCUCUAUGAGAAAGAUGGAUAUUGACGAGGGCGAAAAAUCGCUGACACGAAUUUGAUUGCUAUAACGCGAGGAUAUCGAAAUUCAUAUAAACACAAAAUGAAUAUUAUUUGAAAAUUAUACUCCUAGCGGUAUGAUAAUUGAGUGCUAAUGUAUGUUACGCUAAAAUGUAUUAGUUAUUUUUGUAGUUUAGAGCCUAUGAAAGAAGAAGCAGCAUUAAUGGUACAACGUACUUAGCCUGAGGUGUGCUUGCGAGUGUGUUUUUAUAUGUUUCUAUAUGUAUUUAUGUGUGUGUGCAACCACAUAUUACGAAUAUGCUUCUUGUUUCGCACAAACAAUAUAAUAUUAAUUAAAACAAUUGUAUUACAACAAAUAAAUCGAAA